GCGAAUUUUCCACAUCAAUUUAUAUCAUUUCAUCGAAGCAGCAAUGAUGCAGCACCCCUCCAUUAAAAGAAGGAAAUCCAACCCCCAUAGGCAGUUGCCCAAAUUCUUGUUACAGACGCAUUUCCUCAAACAGUUGGCGUUCUUCAUAUAUAGCUCUUCAUAUCAGGUGAUCCUACAAUGGCCAGUGCAAGCGAUGAGUUCAGGCUGGUAUCACCAGGCUUUAAUCACGAGGGUAGGUUACCUAGAAAGUACACAGACGAAGGGCAGGGUGCUAUGAGGAAAAUCUCUCCGCCAUUGGAGUGGUACAAUUUGCCUGAAGGGACGAAGAGCUUGGCGUUACUGGUACAGGACAUUGACGCUCCGGAUCCCAGUGCGCCCCUCGUGCCCUGGGUCGUUUGGGUGGUCACGAAUAUUCCUCCCUCGUUGACCGGGUUGCCGGAAGGGUUUUCAGGUAAAUUUGACGAGUUGGACGGCGACGGCGACGGCGAUUUUUCUAAAAUUAGGGAAGGCAAAAACGACGACAAGGUUUUCGGAUGGCGCGCGCCGAAGUUGCCCUCACAUGGCCACCGUUUUGAGUUUCGCCUUUUUGCCCUUGACGCUGAAGACCUUCAUCUUGGAAAUAAGCCUACCAAGGACAAACUUCUAGAGGCAGUGGAUGGCCAUACACUUGCAGAGGCGGUUCUGAUUGCCAAGCUCUGAAAGUCUGAAAUGUCCAUUUUGUUUUUGUUUCUUUAACCAACACUUUCUGUAAAUCUGUAAUAAUGUGAAAUAUAACCAAAAUAUACUAUAGGUAAAGUUUCUUUCUGGAGUUUAUAGCAGUUUUGCAGGACCGAAAAUGACUGAAGUUAAGAAAUUUGAAUCAUAAUUUGAAGUUGUAAUCAAAAUGAUACAAUGAA